CUCACCUCAUUAUUUUAUAGGUCGGUUAAGGUAAUUGUGUUUGCUUUGCAAACGUGUCACUUAUAUAGUUCAAUUAAAUAAAAAGAAACAACCGGCACCGGCGCUUCGGACAGCAGCUGCUCCUGAUGCGUGCCCAAGGCGGCUGAAUUUUGGCGUACGCGCAGUCCCAGUUCGGAGGUUCAAGGGCGAGCCGCGUGACCCCGAGGUAGUUACCCGCCCGCGCCUCGUGUCGGUGUUCGUUUUGACAGAUGGCUGAGUUACAGGAAACUGUUAAAAGGAAUGUGUAGCAGGAUGGGCACGCCUUAUGGGCGGGAAUUGAGAGAAGAAGAAAGAGAGAAAGAAAGAAAGAAAGAAAGAAAGAAAGAGAGAAAGAAAAGGACUGUAAUGGAAUGUACCAUGAUUGUGAACCGACCGGCCAAAAGAAUACUAAUGUUAGUCAGCGUCUUUUAUUUUCUUUAAACUUGGUAGCCAUGCGUCACUGCAAGAACACAUUAAUGAAAAUCGAGUGAGGAGAUACGCGCAGGCAGAAGGAAAGCUACAGCACCUGUCCGGUUUUCGUUCAAGGUUCAGCGAUUAAUUUCGUCAACUGAUGGGAAUGGAGAACAAAUGUGAAAGUAAAAGUCCUUUGCCUGUUGCAGUCUCUUCAGCUCCUCACCAGACAGACUUAGACGGAGAGAUUUCUUCCAUACAAGAGAUAAGUGGAGUUCAACAGAAUGAAAUGGAUUUUUCAAUUGAAACAGGGAAUGUCCCAGAAAAGAGGUUAACGAAGAAACCAUUGACUAUUUCAACCACAAAACUCUGCGGGUAUCUGAACAAACAAGGAGGACCUCUGAAACAAUGGAAAUCCCGCUGGUUCAUUUAUGAGGAGAAGAAAUGUCAGCUUUAUUAUUACAGGACUUCUCAGGACGUUAAUCCUUUGGGAAGCAUUGACCUCACGAGUGCCGUCUUCAGCUACCCACCUGAGCCUGAGGAAGGGAUCUUUGAAAUUCAUACUCCAGAAAGAGUGUUUGUUCUUAAGGCAGUGAACAACCAUACUAUGAUGUACUGGCUCCAGCAGCUGCAGGUAAAGCGAUGGCAGCACAGCAGUUCUGGGGUCCGAACAAUGCUGGAUCCAGCCACAGCCAUUACCGAGAAAUCCACCCAACCUAUUUUCCAUGAAAAGGAAGAGUGCAUUGAAGAUCUUAUGCCAACUGUGAAAACGCCAACUGGUCUAGUAGGAGAAGCAGCAACACCCUGGCAACAAACAUCUCUGCAGAAUCUGUCGCUCAAACACCCCAUAACAGAACUCCAGAACACUGUCCUUAGUAUCUGUAGCAGUAAGUCACUUCAGGAGCGCUGUGUACUCCAACCUGAAGACCCACAGCAGGGCGUUGGUGGCCAAAGUAAAGAUGUCCCAAUGAAGUCGGUAUCAGAAAAUUCUAACCCCCCUCAAGACCUGAAGGCUGAAAUGUCCACAUUAGCAAGUCAGAAGAAGGAGAAGAGAUUAACUCUUGUUCCAUCACUGGAAAAGAUGCUGGGGAAAGAGUGUACCAAUGGUGAAAAUACAGCCCGACUUCAGCUGGAGGUCUUAACUCUUACAGAAGAGUUAAAGGCACAAAAGGAACUUGUGAUGCUUCUGCAGAAAGCAUUGGAGGCUGCACAGCAGGAGAAAAGGGCCUGUAAGAAAUUUCUGACAACCCCAUCGGAGGAGGACCGUUUAGAAUUAGUGAGGCAUAAGGAAAGGUGUAUGGCUGAUCUGACUAUGCGCCUGGAUGCACUAAUGAAAAAAAACAAGGAACUGAAGCAGAGUCUGGCAGUGAGAGACAGCCAUGUGGUAGAACUACAAGAACAUGUUCAAAUGCUCAUGCAAAAGAAUGAUGCCAAGCAGCAAGUCAUUUUGAAGCUGUCUGAGCAGUUGUCCAGUUUUAUUGCUCAUCCACUGAAUACAGUCUGUGACACCGUGGAGGCAGACAGUUUACGAAAUAUACAAGAGAAGUUUGAACACCUUGAGGAUUGCCUUGAAGCAUACAAGCAGCAAAAUAAGUUUUUAAACUGCGAAAUACAUCAGCUUACUAAACUCUGGAGAAAAAGCUCUGAGGAAGAGAAAGGCCUGUUAAUGAAGUGUGCUUAUUUGGAAGCAAAGAACUGCCAAAUAGAGAGCAAAUUCCUAGUGGUUCUACGCCAACUCCAAGAGAGUGCUGAUUUGGACGUUAGUCAUCAGAAGAUGGUGAAAAGGCUCAUUGAUGAUGCCCUUGAAGGAGACAUGAAGGAUGUCCUAAAGAUGAAUCCAGUCAGUGAAUUUGAUGAAUAUGGCUUUAAGAUAAUUCCCGACUAUGAAGUAGAAGAUAUGAAACUGUUAGCCAAAAUACAAGCACUUGAAAUUCGGUCCAAUAAUCUGCGUUACAAUGAAAUGGUGGAUAAACCUUUGAGGACAAGAUGGACCAAUUACUUGGGAAGUCGACCCUCAGGAGAACUGGUAAUAUCACCGGAGCUGAAAACCCUUUUGCGAUGUGGAAUCCCUCCUGAGUAUAGGCAACAGGUGUGGCUCUGGAUUGUGCAGAAGCGAACAAAACAUAUCAGAGAAAGUCAUCCUCAUCGGUAUCAGGAGUUGGUAAAGAAAUGUGAAAUGUCAGAACACCCUGCCACUCGGCAGAUUGGCCUCGACCUUCACCGCACCCUGACCACCAACAAACUCUUUUCUUCACCCUCAUCUGAUGCCAUCCAAGAGCUACGAAGGAUUUUACUUGCCUUCUCCUGGCAAAAUCCCACAAUAGGCUAUUGCCAGGGUCUCAACAGACUGGCAGCUUUAGCACUUUUAAUUCUAAAAAAUGAAGAAGAUGCUUUCUGGUGUCUCGUUGCAAUAGUGGAAAACAUCAUGCCAAGGGAUUACUAUAGUAAAACACUUAUUGCAUCUCAGGCAGAUCAAAGAGUAUUCCGUGAUUUCAUGACUGAAAAGAUGCCUCGACUCAUGGCCCACCUUGAAGAACACAACGUUGAUUUGUCCUUGAUAAGUUUCAACUGGUUCCUUGUGGUAUUUGUUGAGAGUCUUCCCACUGACAUCCUCCUUAGAGUGUGGGAUUCUUUCCUCUAUGAGGGAACCAAGGUGAUAUUUCGAUAUGCCCUAGCUCUCUUUAAAUAUAAGGAAGAGGAAAUUUUAAAAAUACAAGAAAAUGUAGAAAUCUAUCAGUAUCUGAGAUUCUUCAAUAAAACAGUCUCUGACGGAAGAAAGCUGAUGAACAUAGCCUUUAAUGACAUGAAUCCAUUUCCCAUGAAGCUGCUAAGAAACCGGCGGACAUAUCACUUAGAGCGACUAAGGGUGGAACUUGCAGAGCUUGAGCGUAUACAGGAAGAAUUUACAAGAGAACAAAAGGAAUGUAAAGAUAAGGACCUGGAUAAUGCUGGCAGUGAAGAUGAAGAAGACACAUAAUUGCCCAAGGUGGACUGCCUUGCUGUGGAAUAUAAGAGUAGGAACUCCAUGAUGCUACACUUUUGUAAAGACAGCGACAGAAAUGCAAAAUAUCUAAAAGUCUAAUGUUUUUUACAGUCAAAGGUUAAAUGCUCAAAUGUCUUUAGGCUUAUUGUAAUUGUUUCAGUGAAAUAAUGCUAAGACAAUCCUGUGUAUUGAAUAAAAAACAACUAGAAAGAGUGUCCAGGCACUUUGUCCUCCAACUGGAUCAGAUAUAAUUAUCACCAGUUGAGUGUAAAAUAGCUUGUAUUUUUUGGAUUUGUUCUUUUAAUUAUUUGAAGUUUGUACUUGUGAGUGCUGGCCAUUGAAAUGAUGUGCUUAGGUGUACACAUUGCAGGAAGGAUCAGGGUUAAACAUGUACCCUAAUGAUUCCUAGCCUCCAGGCCAUGCUGCUGUUUUAGAUUCAGUAGUACUGUAGAUUAAUGACAGCCCUCUGUGGAAUCACAACACAGUUUUAUCAUUUUCUUUACUUAUACAGUAGAUACAUUUUCUUACUGUGUUUGUAUCUAAAAUGACAAAU